AUGCUUCAAGCAAUCGGAGUAGCAUCACCUUCAGUUUCCUUCUCGGAUCACUACAAUAAAUUCUCUGUUUCGUCAAUUCGAUCUUUCCCAGUCAUCAGAUCCGAUUCGAGGUUGAUUUCGGUUUCUGGUUCUGUUCAUGGAAGCUUCAAGCCAAAAAAGGUUAUCGCCAAAGCAACUGCGACGCAGACGGAGAGUUCUGCUUCAGCAGCUUCUAAACCUGGGCAUGAGCUCUUGCUGUUUGAAGCCCUUAGAGAAGGGCUAGAGGAAGAAAUGGAUAGAGAUCCUCGGGUCUGUGUCUUUGGUGAAGAUGUAGGGCAUUAUGGAGGUUCAUACAAGGUCACCAAGGGACUUGCUGAGAAAUAUGGAGAUCUCAGAGUGCUUGAUACACCAAUUGCUGAGAAUUCUUUUACAGGCAUGGGUGUUGGGGCAGCCAUGACUGGUCUAAGACCAGUUAUUGAGGGCAUGAACAUGGGAUUUCUUCUAUUGGCUUUCAACCAAAUAUCUGAUAACUGUGGUAUGUUACACUACACCUCAGGUGGACAGUUCACUAUUCCAACAGUCAUCCGAGGACCAGGAGGGGUUGGGCGCCAACUUGGGGCAGAGCAUUCGCAGAGACUGGAAUCUUACUUUCAGUCAAUUCCAGGGAUCCAGUUGGUCGCCUGUUCAACUGUUUACAAUGCCAAGGGUCUGAUGAAGGCUGCCAUCCGCAGUGAGAAUCCUGUUGUCCUUUUUGAACAUGUGCUUCUUUACAACCUCAAGGAGAGAAUUCCUGAUGAAGAAUAUGUAUUGUCAUUGGAAGAGGCAGAGAUGGUGAGGCCUGGGGAGCACAUUACAAUCUUAACAUAUUCCCGGAUGAGGUACCAUGUCAUGCAAGCUGCCAAGACUCUUGUCAACAAAGGUUAUGAUCCGGAGGUCAUAGAUAUUAGAUCUUUGAAACCAUUUGAUCUCUACACAAUUGGAAAUUCUGUUAAGAAAACUCACCGGGUGCUUAUAGUUGAAGAGUGCAUGCGAACAGGCGGCAUUGGGGCCAGCCUUACAGCAGCAAUAAAUGAGAAUUUCCAUGAUUAUUUGGAUGCACCAAUUGUUUGUCUCUCCUCACAGGAUGUGCCAACUCCUUAUGCUGGGACAUUGGAGGAAUGGACCGUGGUUCAACCAGCACAGAUUGUUGCUGCUGUCGAGCAGCUCUGCCUUAUCCAUAUUUCUAGUUAUACUCAUAGUUUGGCUUUUCCAACUAUGACUAGCAGCAGCAACUGGAGAAGGAAGUUAUUCGAUCUGAGCAUGAAAUAUUCUGUUCAAACGAGGUUGUUAGUAUUGAACUUUUAUGUGAAGAAACGAAAGAACUUGGGGUGCUUGCGUGUUUCUGAAGCUGAAAAUCUGGGAAGCUCCUGGAAAGUGGGCCAUUACGAGAAAUUUCUUGACCGUGUUGAUGUCGGACGGGACCGGAGAAUUAGUGACGAAUCGUGGUUAGAGGUAGAAUGUUACUAA